AUGAAACGACAACGUUUAGUUAUCUUGGUAGCGGUUACCGACUGUAGCGAAAUUCCGAAGAACGAUCUCCGUGCAUAAUCACUCUCACAGCAGAGAGUAGAAACUAACACAGUGACUCGCACCACAUCAAAGCAAACCCUAACCCUAAUCCCAAUGGACGGAGACGACGAAACCUCAGGUCCAAUGAUCGACGAAAUCUACGCCAACGGUGGCGAAGAGAGCGACCAGCGUAGUCGGAGAGCAAUCAUGAGCGGCGAUCAACUUGACAUUGAAGCGUACGCGGCUCUUUACUCAGGUCGGACGAAGAUCAUGCGGUUGCUCUUCAUCGCUAACAACACUAAGAAUCCGACGGUUCAGCUUGACGCGCUUCGCAUGGCUUAUGAUGAGAUUAAGAAGGGUGAGAAUACUCAGCUUUUUAGGGAAGUUGUGCAGAAGAUUAAUGGUAGGUUGGGUUCGAAUUAUGAGAUGGAUUUGAGUUGGUGUGAAGUUGUUGAUCGAAGAGCUGAGCAGAAGAAGGAGAGGCUCGAGAAUGAGCUUAAUGCUUAUAGGACAAACUUGAUUAAAGAAAGCAUAAGAAUGGGAUACAAUGAUUUUGGAGAUUUUUACUAUUCUCACGGUCAACUAGGGGAUGCUUUUAAAAGUUAUGUUCGUACCCGGGAUUAUUGCACUACAGCAAAACAUAUAAUUCAUAUGUGUAUGAGUACAAUUCUAGUCAGUAUUGAGAUGGGUCAAUUUUCCCAUGUCUCAAGCUAUGUUAGCAAGGCGGAGCAGGCAACAGAUGCCCCUGACUUGAUAAUAAUUUCCAAGCUACGAUGUGCAGCAGGAUUGGCUAAUCUAGAGGCCAAAAAGUAUAAGCUUGCUGCUCGAAAGUUCCUAGAAACAGGCCCAGAACUGGGUAGUCACUAUAAUGAAGUUAUUGCACCUCAAGAUGUUGCAACAUAUGGGGGACUUUGUGCACUUGCAACAUUUGAUAGGGCAGAGUUAAAGAGUAAAGUUAUAGACAAUUCCAACUUCCGGAAUUUCUUAGAGUUAGUACCUGAAGUAAGGGAACUGAUAAAUGACUUUUAUUCGAGCCACUAUGCUUCAUGUCUGGAAUACCUCGGGAACCUCAAAGCAAAUCUGUCGCUUGAUAUACAUUUGCAUGACCAUGUUGAGACACUUUAUGAUCAAAUUCGUCACAAAGCCCUUAUCCAGUAUACACACCCAUUUGUGUCUGUUGAUUUGAAUAUGAUGGCUAAUGCAUUCAAGACAACUGUUGUUGGACUUGAGAAAGAACUCGAAGCAUUGAUUACUGAUAAUCAGAUACAGGCUCGAAUUGAUUCACACAACAAAAUAUUGUAUGCACGGCACGCAGAUCAAAGGAAUGCCACCUUUCAAAGGGUUCUAGAAACUGGAAGGGAAUUUGAUCGCGAUGUUCGUUCCAUGUUGCUGAGAUCAAAUCUUAUUAAGCACGACUUCAAUAGUAGGGCGUUAAGGAAACAUUGAAGACAAUGGACCAAGGUGGCUAUUUUACAUAUUCACGGACAACAGUCAACUAUAAUGUAGCAAGGUUGGAGAAGAUCGCCUUACUUUUUGGCCGGUUGAAACAAGGUUGCGGAUAUUAAUUUGUGCCACAUUUAAUGAUACUUAUGGUUGCUCUUUGUAUAUACUAUUUUAUAGUUUAAAUUAAUUUGUCACUAGAUCUCCAUUUCCUUUUUCUGUUUUGUUUAUGUACUGUUACUUUGUCGAAGGGAGCUUUGAUGCAAUAACUGGAGUUGUUAUUAUAUAGGUACCAAAUCAUUAAAUAAAAAUAGACAAUUUAUAUUGUUAA